AAUAAUAAUAAUAAUAAUAAUAAUAAUAAUAAUAAUAAUAAUAAUAAUAAUAAUAAUAAUAAUAAUAAUAAUAAUAAUAAUAAUAAUAAUAAUAAUAAUAAUAAUAAUAAUAAUAAUAAUAAUAAUAAUAAUAAUAAUAAUAAUAAUAAUAAUAAUAAUAAUAAUAAUAAUAAUAAUAAUAAUAAUAAUAAUAAUAAUAAUAAUAAUAAUAAUAAUAAUAAUAAUAAUAAUAAUAAUAAUAAUAAUAAUAAUAAUAAUAAUAAUAAUAAUAAUAAUAAUAAUAAUAAUAAUAAUAAUAAUAAUAAUAAUAAUAAUAAUAAUAAUAAUAAUAAUAAUAAUAAUAAUAAUAAUAAUAAUAAUAAUAAUAAUAAUAAUAAUAAUAAUAAUAAUAAUAAUAAUAAUAAUAAUAAUAAUAAUAAUAAUAAUAAUAAUAAUAAUAAUAAUAAUAAUAAUAAUAAUAAUAAUAAUAAUAAUAAUAAUAAUAAUAAUAAUAAUAAUAAUAAUAAUAAUAAUAAUAAUAAUAAUAAUAAUAAUAAUAAUAAUAAUAAUAAUAAUAAUAAUAAUAAUAAUAAUAAUAAUAAUAAUAAUAAUAAUAAUAAUAAUAAUAAUAAUAAUAAUAAUAAUAAUAAUAAUAAUAAUAAUAAUAAUAAUAAUAAUAAUAAUAAUAAUAAUAAUAAUAAUAAUAAUAAUAAUAAUAAUAAUAAUAAUAAUAAUAAUAAUAAUAAUAAUAAUAAUAAUAAUAAUAAUAAUAAUAAUAAUAAUAAUAAUAAUAAUAAUAAUAAUAAUAAUAAUAAUAAU